CCAAAAGGCGUGGCUUCAUAAGGAGAACAGAUAUCACGAUACAGUCCCGGUUUUGUUUGCAUUUAAACUCUUCCUGUAGUCGUGUUUUAUCCUCUUUUAUUCACUCAAAAUGAAUAGUCACCUUAGAGUAAUAUACUGUGUAGUUGCAGUUUUAGUCAUUUCAAAAUCAGUUUAUAGUGAUAAUAAAAAAUCAGACGAACAAGAAACGGGUUUACAAGAAAAAAUCAUCUACACCGGAGAUCAAGUGUUAAGGGUGGAACAAGUUAAUUCAAAACAGAGGAAAAAGAUUAAAGAACUUGAAACACAAGGGCUGGUCCAAAAAUGGUUUACUACUCCAACGUCGGUAGAUAUUAUGGUGAAGAACGACAACAAGGUAUUUGUAAAAAGCGCAUUAACCAAUGAAUCGUUACCAUAUAAUAUAUUUAUCGAAGAUAUACAAAGAGCUAUAGAUGCAGAAAACCUUCCAAUGAGCGAUGACGAUGACGAUCAAUCUGGCAGAAAAGCGCACAACUUCACAUUUGAAAAUUAUCAUAAAGUAAAAGAUAUAUAUUCGUACAUUGAUUACAUAUCUCAAGAAUAUCCGAGUAUAGUGGAAGUUGAAAAUAUUGGUUUGUCCGUUGAUGGCACUCCGCUAAAAAUCAUUAGAAUAAAACCUAAUCAAAAUACAACUGCAGCCGAGUCUAUUUGGAUAGAUGGAGGAAUACAUGCACGAGAAUGGAUUGCUGUGUCUUCAGUGUUGUAUUUAGUUAACGAACUAGUGUAUAACCAUGAAUCUUUGGAACCUCAUAUGAAAAAUAUAGAGUUUCAUAUUCUACCAAUAGUAAAUCCAGAUGGAUAUAAUUAUUCACAUGAAAGAGAACGUUUGUGGCGCAAAAACCGUAAUAAAAAUCAAGGUAGUAGCUGUUUUGGAGCAGACUUAAAUCGUAAUUGGGCCUAUCAUUGGGGUGAAAGCGGAGCAAGUAGAUACAAGUGUUCAGAAAUUUAUCGUGGCUCAAAAGGAGGAUCCGAACCAGAAACUCAAGCUAUUGUUCAAUACAUCAUGAAAGAAUCCAGUAAAUUCAAGGGAUUCUUAACAUUUCACAGUUAUGGCCAAUAUAUCCUGUAUCCGUGGGGAUAUGCUAAACGCGUACCUUCUGAUCAUGUAGAAAUACAUAGAGUUGGACAAGCAAUGGCCUCGGCAAUAAAACAAGCAACAUCGAUGGUUUACACUGUAGGAAAUAGUGCAGCACUCUUAUAUCCGGCUGCAGGAGCAUCUGAUGAUUGGGCAAAAGGAGUAGCAAAAAUUAAAUAUUCUUAUACAGUAGAACUGAGAGAUACGGGCAAAAAUGGUUUUAUUUUGCCUUCAUCAGAAAUAUUGCCAGCUGGAAAAGAAGCUUAUGCCGCUGUUUCAGCGUUAGCUAAGGAAAUUAGUUCAGAAAUUUCUAAGGAUUUAUGAUAUUAUAAAAAAGAAAAAAGAAUGAUCAAUGAAAAUAUCAUUACCUUAGAUGUCAAAACAUUGUUGAAUGGAAGAAUUGAAAUAUUGUCAUCCUCGCAGUUUGUUAUAGACUUGUUCAUACUGAGGCCCCCUAAUAUUUCAAAAAUAUAUAUAAUAAAUUAAUUAUUGGUGAAUUUAAUUUUUACAAUUUAGAGCUAAUAAAGUAUUUUUUAGAUGCAAUUAUUAAAAUUACAAAAAUAACUUAACUCUUUGAAGGGCAAGAAAUGUCACAAAUAAAAGACUCAAGGACCAAGCUAAAAACGAUAAUAUCAGAAAAAUUAUUGGAAAAAAAAUUAUAGGACACAACUGAGAAAUCAAAAAAAUAAGUAACCGCAUAAACAAUUAAAAAAAAAUAUAUAUAUAUAAGUGAUUACCUACUUUAACCACCUACUCUACAGGUCCAUAACAAAAGUGGGUUAUAUUUGAACCACCUCAUUGAGUUAAAAUAAAUAUACAUCUUACAAAACCAUUACAUUUUUUUCAUAGAAUUAC